UGGCAUUCAAUCGGUUACGUUCGCGUCUUAUCCAUUUGUUCCAGUGGUUGAAUUACUAGUGUUAUAUGGUAAUGGCAAUAUGUUGUUGAUAGUGGUUCGUCCUUAUGUCGGUUGCGCUGCUUUUAUUAGUUCUUUUAAAUCAGCCUUGAACGCGUAAUGUAUUGUAAUAAGGCUUCAAGUGAUAUAUUCAACUUUGUCAAAGGCGUAAUAAUUAUGUUACAAUGCAAGCAACUUGUGAAGAAAUGAGUUAUAUUAAUACAAUUAAUAUGCAUAUUUUAAAUAUUAUAUACCGCUUUCUUCAUUGGCGCUAUGAGAGCCUACUUGAUUACUCUUGGUUGUUUUAUUGAUGAUUAAUGCAGAUACAACAAUUUUCGUAAACACACAAAAGGAUCACAAGUGAAAAUUUAUAAUAAAUCCAAUAAGUAGUUUAAAAAAUGGCUGCUUUAAAGGGUAAUAUAAGACAAAUUACAUUGUUUCAUCAUUGUUUAAUAUUAUUCUUGUAUUUUUUGUAUGUGCUUUGUUGCUGCGCUGAUGCAUUAUCUCUAUGACGGAAUGGUUAUAUAUGUACAUAAUAGCAUUACUAGUGUGCGCAUUUUUAACAUGCUUGGGCAUGACAUUCCUUAUAUUGGCGUGCGCAGUGCCACAACCGAAGAUUUUCUAUCCGUUCUUUGUGUUGCUAUUUUACGUCCUAUCCGUGUUACCGGUAUUCGUAGCCAAACGCUUCAAUCAAGGCAAUGAAACUAAUCCAAAGACAGAGUUCGCACUAUUCCUUUGCGCUGGUAUGGUGCUGAGUGCAUUUGCUUUUCCAAUGGUACUAGCGCAUAGUCAAGUGAUUACUUGGACCGCAGCUACACUUACAAUUAUCAGUAAUGUGAUUAACUAUUUAACUAUAUUCGCUUAUUCAAUGAGAGAUAGUGAAUUUGAUGCACCCUACGGUGGAAUGUUCUAAAUACUAGUUUUUUAUUUUUAUCUUGUUUUUGUUCUUUUAAAUAUUUGAAUGAAGAGACUCUAAACAAAAGGACUGUAACGACUGCAAAUAGUAGUAUCUACAUGAUACAUAUAAAACCAACAACAACAACAACAAAAUAUCAUCGCAAAUACAACGCAAUGUAAACUACGAUUUGAAGAAAAUUUUAACUCCCGUUGGACUUGAGUGUAAACGUCGUCGAGAUGCAAGUAGAUUUUACAAAGGCUCGGUAGAAUAUCAUACGCAUUGCAGUUGUAUACAGAAACACAUACAUAAAGUAAUAAUAUUUAGUUUUAAGAUGAAAAGCUUUUUGUAUCUACAAUUGAUGUGCUAAAACAGAAAUUGCUGCUAAAUUGGCACAUUUUUUGUUUCGAAAAAAAUUACAAAGUCGGGCGGAAUUAAACUAACCAAGUUACUCGAUUUGAAGAGACACGAAUAAAAAAAAAAUAAAUAAAAAUAAAUGUAUGUUAUAUAAACGUCAUGCGCAAUAUUAGGAAUCUCCUUUGUGUAGUAAUAGACACUUAAUGUUUGUAUGUGUAGUACGGAAUUACAGUAUGUGGCACCACUGCAUUGCAAUAUUUUAUUUUAAAAUUUACUAAAUAAUCCAUUCAAAACCAUUUUAUGAAUAAAAAAAUUGGCAAAC